AGACCGAUGCUGUUAAGAGCGAGAGGGCCAGGAGAAGGUGGGGAGCGAAGAUGAAGGUGUCUGUGGCCUCCGGCGCGGGAGGGGGUGGGGGGAAGGAGUAUUAGGGGAUUCCCGAGCUAGCGCUCUGAAAUCGGGCGGGUCCGGCUUGUGACUACUGCCAAGACUGUGCAUGGUAGGGCUUGUCCCUGGCGUCGAAGGCAGAAACAACUGAGCCCCUGGACUUCUGCUUAACACUGAGAGCUCAGGAGUGGGCGGUUCAUUUUUCCUGCACCUGGGGAGCCUGCAAGGCUAUGCCCUUUGACCUAUGACAUCUGUGCAGCCCGCUCACCAUCCUUUACCUGGGAAUUAUAUCUUGGAAUUUUUCAAGGCUUAACUGUAAGCAAGCUCUACAGAAAACAUGAAUAAAAGAGAUUGGCCAUUCAUGAUGAUUCAGAGAAAUGACAUCCCAGCAGAUAACCUGGCGCUCCAUAUGAAAGAUGGGAUGAGAAACUUCAGGUAUAAACCAGCAGACUACCAACAGUUACGUGCCUUAACCAAAGCCAGGAAGUUAGCGUCUGUUUCCGCAGAGCAGAAGAUCAGAAAAGCCGUGGAGACUUCCAAGGCAGCGAAAGAACAAAUGCUGAUCAAGCAGCACAAACAAGUGUGGUGGCGGGAACAGGAGCGGCUGAACGGACUCAGAUGUAAAUUGGAGUCUGAAAUAAAAUCCUGUCUCAGUGAGGAGAGCAUUGGAAAUGAGUGUUUUUGUGAGCUUAUGAAUUUUGAGCAGGAGCUGUCAGAACAAUGGUGCACAUAUCUUAAAGCUGUGAUCGACCCUGUUCAUCAGCUGAGAGCAGACCUGUGGAGACAGCGCCACACUUCCCAGCAUGCACCCUGCCGUAAAGGGUCCAAUUCAGCAGUGGUUCUGGAAGAGGUUGACUCUGUCAAGAAACAAUCCAAGGCUGUCUUUGAAAGACUUGAUCAGGAGCGACAGGAAAUAGAAAAAGACCUUUCAGACUGGAGUGUGAAGUUACUAGAUUAUUCUUCAGAAGAAAAGGCUAACCUGCUCAGUGAAGAGCCCAUGGAGUUGGAGACUUUGGAGUGCCCAUACCCUGAUCUGAAAUCGUCCAUCCUUACUGAGUUCUGGAACUUUACAGAGAAAUAUCAAAAGAAACUUAAAGACUUUGAUCUGCAAUUAGAAGACAUACGCAGAAACUUUCAACUAAGUGAAGAAGAGCAGUGGAUUUACCAGGCUGUCUUAGAGCAGUACCCUGGAAAUCUCCUUGGCAGAAGGACCCUUUACUUGGACAUGUUACAAAGAUAUUUUCCUCACAAACCUAGGCAUCAUUUGGUAGAACAUGAGAAAUACUGUGACCAGUAUCACUUUGCUGGAGAGCAGAGAAGAAUCCUCAUAGACAAUUGGGAAAAGAGUAGAAAAGACUUCAUACAGAAAGCCAUGUUGACCCUCCUUGAGGCCUGUGCAGCCCAUGAAGUGGAGAGCAUGUUGGCCAGGGACAGGAAGAGACAGCAGGAACUGUGUGCUCAUCUGAAAGCCAAGGUUUCUCAAUGGCAAGCCCAUCAGGAAGAACUAGCAAGACUGGAAAUGGAAAUUUCAGCCAGAAGAAGAGAAAGGGAAGAGGAGAAAGAGAAACUAUGGAAAAAGAAGGAAUUGCUACAAAGGGAAGAGGCAAAGAUAAAGAUAAGGAAAUACUGGGCUAAGAAACAACAGAAGUGGCAAGACAUAGAAAUGAGAGAUCUCCAGCGUCUAGAAGAGCUGAAGACAUUAAUGGCUGAACAGUCAGUGAAAGACAGAGAAAGGGUUAAAUACAGACAAGGAUUGUUGGAGAAGCGUUUGAUGGAGAGAAAAAACAUGGCCCUUCAAGAAGUUCAGGAAGAGGAAGAGAGAGAGAGGCGGCUGGAAGCCCUUCGAAAACAGGUUGCUGUUGUUGUUCAAUCUGAUCCAGUCAGAAUGAUGUCAGAUACCAUGGCAUGGAAAGCGAGGACAGGCACUGAACGUGAAGAUGAAUUUAUCCUGCAGAAGCCACUCUUCACACUGACUACGUACAAUGAGCAGCAGAUAACUUCCAAUCCUAGACUUCGAUUUGAGUUAGCGCUUCGAGAAGCUGGACUCCAUAAGACACUGUACGCCCAAGAGAUGCUGCCAAAAAUCAGUCCCCAGAAGCCUCCAAGGAAGGACACAGAGUCUACUGUAUUUAAACUCUAGAGGGCAUGUGCAAACAUUAUGUGGACAUGGAUAAUGAUUAUCACCACGUCUAAAUGUUUAAAAUCCACCAGAUACAUAAAUCAUAGCAUUUAUAAACAA